UUCGUUUAGUUUCGUCACCACCGUUCGUGUCGGUCGCCAUGUUUACGAGGGGCGAUUCGACCUUGUGAGUGUUAAAAUGCUAAAAAUAUCGAAUAUACGUUACGAUUUCGUCUUAGCGUGAAGUAUCCAAAUAUUCCUUAGAGUCUAAAUUAUCUUUUGGUGGUAAUUUUAUGUGCGGAUGGCUUAGCCCCAGCUAGAUAUUUCCAGAUUAAAAAUAUGAUAAUACAGUGAUGAGCGAUGACACCCCGGGGGCAGGGCAGGGCGCUCUGCCCCCGCGCGAAGGGGCGCCCCAAAGCCUUCGCAUUCCCAAUAUUCCCCAACAGGCAGAGCGUCCUACAACCGUUCGCCUUACACAAGUCGCUGGCGGUCAAUAUGUACUCACUACUACACAACCCCAUGGUAUUCCAGCCUUAACACAGAUAACCCCAAACACUUUACAAAACGUACAAGGAGGAGUCACACGAAUAAUAAGCAUAAGUCCGAGCAAAGGACAAACAUCUCCCUUACGACCCAGCCUUACAAAUCAAUCCAUUGUAAAUGUACUGAAAAGGAGUAGUCCGAAUGUCAGACUGCAACUUUUCCAGGGAGGAGAUACCCAGGGAAGUUCGGGGAGUUUGCAGGCUUCUCCCUCAACUAGUACCGCUCCAACUACGCCAACGCACUCCCGCUCCCUCAAACGUCACGCCUCAACUCCGGAGAAGAAAGACUCGUACCAAUCGAAGCUACAAAAGGUGAUGAACCAUCGUAUAGUGCGUUCGAAAAUCGUGAAGGAAAAGUACGCGGAACAUUUGAUGGAGCUGUACUUCCUCGAGUCGGGCGGUAACAUCCUGGACCUGUACCAGUUCGCCAAGAAACCAAAAAGCCAACAGUACCUCGACUAUAUGCGGGAAAACGCGAUCGAUCCGAAAGAAUAUGGAGACGAUGUGCCCAAGGUGGUGGUACCGCACACCACGCCCAGCACCCCUACUGCCACGUCCGCAAGUUCCUUACCCGGUUUGGUGACGCCACAGAAGCAACCACUCCAACCUCCUCCGUUGUACCAUGCGGCACAGACGUCUACGCCAAAAACGACUGAAACUCCUCCAGUUAAUCCUGUAAUCGCUACCCCGGAUGCUUCAGUGACCGCGGUCAGGAGUACUGUGAGUACUCCCGCAAGUAACAGUCAGGAACAGAUCGUGGAAAAAGCCAAGCAAGAAGCACACGUCGUCCAAAGAAUCAGCGAGUUGCAAAAAGAAGGCCUAUGGUCGGAGAAACGUUUACCGAAAGUCCAAGAAAUGCCCAGGGCCAAAGCGCACUGGGACUUUUUGUUAGAGGAAAUGGUGUGGCUGGCGGCCGAUUUCGCACAGGAACGCAAAUGGAAAAAAGCAGCGGCGAAAAAGUGCGCCCGCAUGGUGCAAAAGUACUUCCAAGACAAGGCGCAGGCGGCACAGAAAGCGGAAAAGGCGCACGAACAACAGCUGCGCAGGAUAGCCGCUUUCUGCGCGAAAGAGAUCAAAACCUUUUGGAGCAACGUGGAGAAACUGGUCGAGUACAAGCAAAACACCAUCCUGGAGGAGAAGAGGAAGAAGGCUCUGGAUCAGCAGCUCAGUUUUAUCGUCGAUCAAACCGAGAAGUAUUCACAGUUGUUGGCCGAAGGUAUGAAUAAGCCGACAACGGAGGUGCCCUCGAGUAACAUCUCCUCCGGAUCAACGUCUAGGCCGCAAUCGGACGAUGAAUUCGACCCCGAACAGCAAAGCGAAGAAGACGACGAGGAAACGAUCGCCCAAGAAGAGGCGGCCGUGGACAACAACGAUCAAUCGGCGGAAGUCGCGGCAUUACAAAGAGAAUCUCAAAUGGAAUUGGACGAUUUGCUCGAAGACGAUCUCUUAAGGGACUACCUUAUGAACCGAGAUAAUAUUCGAAUGAGCGGAUCCGAAGAAUCCGACGACGAUAGUAAAAGUAAAAAGUCGGAACCGCAAAAAAACCGACCGAAAUCCGAUUCGGAACAGUCCGAUUCGUCCGAGUCUGAGGAUGAGAGCGACGCGGACGAAACUCAGGAUUCGACCGAAACGGCGACGGGGCAGGGUUUAAAAGUGCUGGUCGACGGCGAUAGUGAGGAAGGAGGAGGAGAAAGAACAAAGACUGACGAAAAAGACGCGCUGAUUAAUGACGCCGCCGCUAUUGCAGAAAGUAUACAACCUAAAGGCAACACGUUGUCUUCCACCAAUGUCUCCACGAAGGUACCGUUCCUACUUAAGUACCCGCUUAGGGAGUACCAGCAUAUUGGUUUGGACUGGCUCGUCACGAUGUACGAUCGGAAACUUAAUGGAAUAUUGGCGGACGAAAUGGGUCUAGGAAAAACCAUCCAAACAAUAGCCCUACUGGCACAUCUCGCGUGCGAAAAAGAAAACUGGGGUCCUCACCUCAUAGUCGUACCGACAUCGGUGAUGCUCAAUUGGGAAAUGGAGUGUAAAAAAUGGUGUCCCGCAUUUAAAAUUCUCACGUAUUACGGCUCGCAAAAGGAGCGAAAGCAAAAACGUACCGGUUGGACCAAGCCGAAUAUGUUCCAUAUUUGCAUCACGUCUUAUAAGCUGGUGAUACAGGACCAUCAGAGUUUUAGGAGGAAAAAGUGGAAGUACCUGAUUUUGGACGAGGCGCAGAACAUUAAGAAUUUCAAGUCGCAGAGGUGGCAACUGUUACUGAACUUCCAAACGGAGCGUCGACUCUUGCUCACCGGCACCCCAUUACAAAACAACCUGAUGGAAUUGUGGUCGUUGAUGCAUUUCCUUAUGCCCAACGUGUUUCAGUCCCAUCGCGAGUUUAAGGAGUGGUUUUCCAAUCCGGUGACCGGAAUGAUCGAGGGAAAUUCCGAAUAUAAUGACAGUAUUAUUAAAAGACUGCAUAAGGUGCUGAGGCCUUUUUUACUGCGACGGUUAAAGUCCGAAGUGGAGAAGCAAAUGCCCAAAAAGUACGAGCACGUGGUGAUGUGCCGGUUAUCGAAACGGCAAAGGUUCCUUUAUGACGAUUACAUGUCUCGCGCAAAAACGAAAGAAACGUUGGCCAGCGGCAACUUACUUAGCGUAAUCAAUGUUCUUAUGCAGUUAAGAAAAGUGUGUAACCACCCGAAUUUGUUCGAAGUCAGACCGACUAUAUCGCCCUUUCAAUGUGAUAGCAUUAAGAUGCAUGUACCUUCUUUGGUAUAUUCGGUCUUGCACUAUGAUGUCUUUAAGCACGUAAACCUUUACGCCAUGAACUUCCUCCUCAUAAUGCUGGAAAUGCAUUUGGGCGCCUAUCAAUGUUACCGGAUGAGGCAAUCGGCAAAAAGGCCGAUAAUGAUCGAACUUAACCCCGCCGACAAUAGACAACCGCCCCCUUGUCCGCCCAGUAAACUGACCAUGAAAGUAAAACUGAGGGACGGCAGCAGCAGCAUCAAAACCGAAGAGAAAAAAGAAACUCCCCCGCCUCUCUUACAAUCGAGAACGGUACCGCAGCAGCAGAAUGUUAAAAUGAAAGUGGCCGGGGUGCAGCUCUUGAGCCAGGGAGUGGUUAAAACGGUGCCAUUGAUCAACAUCUCGCAGGGCGGCGGGCAAAUGCAACUGGGCACCCCGAUCGGAGUUUCCUCCGUGCUGAAACCCACCGAUAAGGUGCCGACCAGUUUCGCACAAUUGGUGCAAACGUCCACCGGGAAACAUUUGCUGUUAACGUCGAACCCGAAUAUUGCGGGAAGUGUGCCUGUUACGCAGACCACUGCAGGGGGCCAAAAGUUGACAUUUCUAUCAACGAAACAACCGAUAACGAACGUCAACGCGAACCAAACCUUCACCAAAGCGUUCGUCAAGUUUCAAAUCACUUCGGUGAACACCGGCACGACCACCACAACCUCGAAUUCCAUCUCUGUGGCGACGCCGCCGCAGCACCAGCAGCAGCAACAACAACUAAGAUCAGCGGAGGAGGGCCUCAGGUCGGUAAAUUCAAAUUUUUUAGGACAAUUAUAUUCGAAGCAAAACAGUUUGGACGUGCGGUGGCGGAAGGAGGAUAAUAGGAGAACUAGCGGGAAUCAGUCCCAAGAAGGGUCCAAACAAGAGAUUAAAAAAAGACUGCAGCUGAUGACGAAGAUCAACGAGCAACGUUGCUCGGCACUACCGCUUUACGGCAGGGAUUUCCAGGACGCGAUCAAGAUUUACAGUCCGAACGCGGCGAACCCGUGGACCGGCGGGCACAUCAAUUGCCUAAACGCCAUGUUCGGUAUUAAUCCGGACGACACCGCCGAGCUAUUGAGGGAGGCCUUAUUCAAUCCCGAGAGGAGGAUUGAUCAGCUUAAAGAUAUCUGUGAUAGGUUCAUAAUUUAUGUUCCGGCCGUAAAAGCCGACGAGCCGGAGUUGCGAGUGUGGCAUCCGCCUCCGAGCGAGUACUGGGCGCGUAAAGAGGAACGCAGACUGAUCCAGCAACUGUUUUCGAAACCGGCUACGCCCCUUCACCAUUUGGCAUCGGCGAUGGUCACCCAAUUCCCCGAUCCGCGACUAAUCCAGUACGACUGCGGCAAACUGCAGACCCUCGAUAAAUUACUGAGAGAUCUGAAAAUGGGUGCGCAUCGCGUGCUUAUUUUCACCCAGAUGACGAAGAUGCUGGACGUGUUGGAGGCCUUUUUGAACUUCCACGGGCAUAUUUAUCUGAGGUUGGACGGUACUACGAAAGUGGAUCAGAGACAGGUUCUAAUGGAAAGAUUCAACGGCGACAAGCGAAUAUUCGCAUUCAUAUUAUCGACGAGAUCGGGCGGCGUGGGCGUAAAUCUGACCGGGGCGGACACGGUUGUCUUCUACGAUUCCGAUUGGAAUCCGACCAUGGACGCGCAGGCGCAAGACAGGUGUCAUCGUAUCGGACAAACGAGAGACGUACAUAUUUACAGGUUGGUUAGCGAAAGGACUAUAGAAGAAAACAUCUUAAAGAAGGCGAACCAAAAGAGGCUUUUGGGAGAUCUGGCUAUUGAGGGCGGAAACUUUACAACCGCUUAUUUCAAGAGCAGCACCAUUCAAGACCUCUUCAACAUCGACCAGAGCCAAACGGCGAGUCAGCGUUUGUCCGAAGUGGUGGAAAGUAAACGGGACAAAGAUGAAAUCGUCGCGACUCCGACACCGGAACAACCGUCGUCGUCGGUACAACAACCGGAAGAAAAAUCGGCUGCGGGUGCGUUGGAGACGGCGUUGGCCGCCUGCGAGGACGAUCAGGACGUGCAGGCGGCGAAAAUCGCGAAAGCGGAGGCGGUCGCCGAUCUGGCGGAGUUUGACGAGAACAUUCCUUUGGACCAGGAGGGGGAGAAGGAGAAAGAGCCCGAGGUUAGCAAGGCGGAGAUGGAGAUUAACAAUAUUAUUGAAAAGUUGUCGCCGAUCGAAAAGUACGCGAUGAACUUCAUCGAACAAACGGAAUCCGCGUGGUCGGCCGAACAAUUGGCCGCGGCCGCCCGUCAAAUCGAGGAUCAGAAACGCGAGUGGGAGCUCCAACAGAUGGCGGCGAUGCGUGAGGAGGAGGAGCGACGCCAACGGGAACUGGAGGAGGAAAACGACAUGAUCACUUACUCGCGCGAGGACGCCACCAACCAGGUGUGGGUAUCGGACAAUACUAUGGAGCAAAUGCCGAUGUGGUGUCCUCCGACGCCGCCCCAACAAGACACCGACGUCUACAUGGACCAAACGAUGAACUUCCUCUACGACGACCAAGUGAUGCUCGAAUCCCAACUGCCGCCGAUCUACGUAAAAAAAGAGCCGCACAAACGCCGCUUCGAACCCACUUUCGGUAUCGAUUUCGCCCAUCGACGCCCGUUGAAAAUCCCGCGAAAAAUCGAGGGUACCGCCAACGCACCCCGCAGUCUCUUCCACUCACCCACACUGUUAAAAAUGCGACGGGACUUAAAAUUGCAAAAGUACCGCGGUAUGAUGAAACCGAACUUGACGAUCCCGGGGAAACCCGGGGCGAGUAAACCUGCCGCGGAACAAUCGUUGUUCCAUAAUUGGACAAUACACGAGGACAUGGCGCUACUGAAGGUGAUCAAGACGUUCCAGGGUUUGCCGAUGAAUUUGAUCGUGAUGUCGCCGGGACAGACGCCCAAUUGGGAUUUCGCCGCCGAUUAUGUCAAUACCGUUUCGGUUACCUAUCGAUCGCCGAAACAGUGUAGGCAAAGGUAUGAAAACCAUUUGAUGCACCGCGAAGAUGGUAAAUUCGGCACCAUCGACAACGGGAUGAAGAAGAAGAAGAAAACGCAAAUGCAGCUGCAAAAAUCACCGGUGCCCAACAAGGCCAGGCCAUCACCUAGGACGUCACAGCUCUAUACCCAAGACAAUAACACUACGUUUUCACAACUUUUAUCGGAAAGGUUUGACACAUUAAAAUCAAUAACCAACAAACGUCUACCAACCACGAGGACGGUAGUAAACAAUCCCUUAAUGAACAAAACCAAAUCCACCCCGAGCGUGAGCGAUUGCGGAAUCGACUUGGAACACCCGGUACUACCGGUAGAACUAGCAGCGAGACGAGCGGAACGCAUUGCGAAGGAAAAGUCCAAAGGGGUCACGGCGGAACAGUUGGCAAAAAUGCAACUGCUUAAAGGUAUGGUGACCACGCAGCAACAAGUACAAGUGCCGCAACAGCAGCAGAUCGUGCAGCAACAACCCCCGCAGCAGCAGCAGCAACAACAACAACAACAGCAGCAACAACAACAGCAACAAGUCAUCCAGUUGCAGACGCAGGCGACACCCUCCACGUCCGGACAGCAGCAGCAGCAGGUGGUCGUGCAACAAACUGCGAACGGUGGGGUGGCCACCAUGGUGGCCGUACCAUCGUCGCAAGUCGUUGUCUCACAAUCACCUAUCAUUGUUACUACCUCGGCGGCGGUUGGUAAUAAUUCACCUGCUGGUACGCCUACUGCCUUACGACCGCAACGCAUAAUAGCGUCGCCCCUCCAAGGGUCCACCGUAGUCAGCGUAUCCGGCUUAAGUCCCGCUCAGCUACAGGCAGCGACACAGCGAUUGAUAGUCUCGGCAGGCGGUACAGCUAAAACUAUUCAGGCGGCGGGGACUCCGGGAAAACAGUUCAGUCACGCCCAGUUGCAAAUGAUCAGACAGGCAUCCUUGAAAAACCAACUUCGAUUACAUCCCAGCAGUGUUGUACAGGGUACAAAAACUUCGACGGUGACGAUCGGAGGCCAACAGGCGGUGGUGCAGUUAUCGCAACCACAACCGCGAGCUCAAUUCGUCAGACAGAGUACCGUAACCGUGGGCGGAAAAAGCGGCAUCACCAGAGCCGUAACCGAUAGCGAGGUGGCACAACUGCUAAAGAAACAACACCAGAUGCAGCAGCAACAAAAGUUGGCUGCUGCCAAUGCGGCCCAAGGUGGUGCAGGUGGAACGGCCACCGCUGGCGGAAACACCAUCCACGGCAUAACUACGCAAGUUUUUGCGCAAGCCAUUCAACAGGCAGGUGGUUCCGGACAAGUCGCUACCUUGGUUAAGGCCGUACCGAGUUCUACUGGGGCAUCCCAAACCGUAACGAUCCCAGUUACGGGCGUCACGCUAGCGACCGCGGGCGGAAAAGCAAUCGCCCCCUCGAUAAAAUCGACUACGGCCCAACAAAUCCGUCAAAUGCAAAUCCAGCAACAGUUGCUGGCCCAGAAGAAAAUCGCGGCAGCCGCUGCAGCGGGUCAGAAGUUGAGCAUCCAAACCGCGGGACCUGGAGCGAAAGCGGGCACUGCCGGGGUACAAACGGCUCAAUUAAUCGUCGGUCCGAAGCAGGCGAUGACCGUGCAACAGUUUCAGCAGGUGAUUCGGACUCCGCUUAGUGUAACUCCCGGGCCUGUUAUGCUCGCCAAGGGGGGCCAAAGGGUUAUUCCGGUUAAUACUGGCGCCGGAGGGGCUAAACAAACGAUACAGGUUGUAGCCGCUUCGUCUCAAGGCCUGGCACAAACGUUAAGACCUCAGGGGGCCACCACCAUCGCGGGCAUUAAACUGCAAGGGGCGGGCACCACCUCGCAACAAGCCCUCCUGUCGCAAGUUUCCGCCGCCUUAAGUCAGCAAGGCGCUUCUGUACGUCAGCAGAACAGUCCGGUAAGAAUUCAAACGGCCAGCGGGCAACCGAUCGUGGCUGUGACCGUACAGUCCCCUAAUCAGCAUCAACAACAACAAACGCACUCGCCCAACCCCGAGCAAGUAAGUAGGUUCUUGAAGAAAUAGAGCCUUGAGGAUAUUGUGUGGUGUGAACUUUUUUUUUUCGUUAGGAAUGCUUAUUUCAUAUUCAUUUGUGUAUUAAAAGUGCUAUAACGGGAAUAUGCUGUUAAAUUUAAAUAUGAGGUCGGUUUUAAUGUCAAAUUUAAAAGGAAAUAACGAAUUUUUCAAGAUAGAUUAGGUUUAAGUUAGUUAUAAGAGCUUCUGGCUACAGGGUACAAGACAAUGGCGAUCCGCGAUCAAUAAGACUGGUGAGGCCAAGUCCUUUAUGAUUAAUUAAUGUCAUGUAAGAAGCUUCGGAGAUAAAAAUUUCGGCGAGCCUCGCCCUUUUUCUUAGAUUUUGCAAAAUUUUGUAAUCAAUUUUAGAUAUUUUUAUUUUAAAAUUUAUUUUAAAAAUAGCAAAAACAUAAUCACUGAAAAAUACAUUGAAUAAUAAACAUCAUAAGUAUCGCUAAACAUAAAAUCUACUAUUCAUCUGCGGUAACUAACCGAGACGAAACGGGGAAGAAGGCCAUAAAUACUGUCAAAAAACCCAUUUCAAACUUGGUCUCGAGGCAUUUUCAAUGGCGCACACUAUGAAUUAAAAAAAAUAUUGGAAAUUUUACCUUUUUACUUUCUACUUACCCGGUUUUUUUAUUUUUAUAACCAAGAAUAAAAGCGAUUAAACACAAGCGAUUUGAAGUAA